AUGUAACAUAUAUUCUUCUAAUAUAUCCAACAUUCUAGUCAUUUAACAGAAAAUUAAAACUCUCCAUUAUUUUUAUUUNUUAAGAGAUAUUGCAUUUAGUUUUGGAUGGACUUGGCUCAUUUAUGCUUUGGUAGGUGUAUUUGGAGCCAUUGCCAUAUAAGGAAAAUAAAUAAAUAAAUCAGGUGAUGGAUCUACUGUAUUAGAUUAUUUAGAUUAGAAUAUAUUUUCAUAUGGAAUUUAAGUUUUGUAAUUACUUUAGUUAACAACUGUAUUCCCAUUAUUAGCAUUUAUUACAAGAUCACAAUUUUUUGCAUUAAUAUAUAAAUUGGAAUAGCCUCCAUAAAAAUGGUUUGUGUUAUAUACAUCAAUAGUAGCUCUCACUACUCUACUAUUUUAAUGUCUUAAUAUUAGUGUAUCUUUAAUUCUCAGUUUAUCAGGAGCUGUUAUUGGAUUUUUCUAAAUUUAUUUAAUUCCAAUAUAAUUACAUAUGACAUGUCUCUAUGCUAAAAAGAAAGUCAAUGACAAUAGAAUUGGAUUGAUUAAUGAUACAAAAGAGUAUAUUGAAAAUCCAGAUGAAUCUAUAUUUGAUGAAUAGGAUUUCAAAUGUAUAGAUCAUUCAGCUCUUAAGAAAAGAUUUAAUAAGCAAACUAGAUUCAUAUUCUAUUAUAUUAUAAUGCUUAUUGGGGCAAUGAUGGGAUUUCUAAAUAUUAUUGCUCCAUUCUUCAAAUGA